CACGCGCCGUGUCAUUGUCGUUUAAAAAACGACGCUGACUACGUCAAAUUUUCGCGAUAAUGACCGAAAUCCCUGAAGUUUCGACGUGUUUUUACAGCGAAAUAACUCUCAUUUUUUUGUACUUUUAAACGUGGGACGCCUGAGUCCAGGGUUCUAAUGUUGGAGACCGUCGAGCGACUUCUUUGAAUGUCCCCUCAUUCAGCCUCCAUGGAAUACCAUCCGACGAAGGCACCACCGGUGCCGCCUCACAAAGUCCAAAGUGGCCGGCCGGGGCAGCCUCACGAGCGGCUGCUCAAGUGUGUCCUGCUCGGGGACGGAGCGGUGGGAAAGACCAGCCUGGUGGUCAGCUACACCACCAACGGAUACCCUACUAAAUACGUGCCCACAGCAUUUGACGACUUUUCCGCUGUGGUUCAGGUGGACGGAAGCCCUGUUCGACUACAGUUGUGUGACACUGCGGGGCAGGACGAGUUUGACAAGCUGCGUCACUUCUGCUACAGUCGCACCGACGCCUUGCUGCUGUGUUUCAGCGUGGUCAGCCCGGCGUCCUUUCAGAACGUGUGGGAGAAAUGGGUGCCGGAGAUCCGCCGGCGCUGCCCCCUGACGCCCGUCCUCUUAGUGGGCACACAGUGCGACCUGCGGCAGGACGUCAAGGUGCUGAUCGAGCUGGCCCGGCGGAAGGAGAGGCCCGUGGCCGAGGAGGACGCCCGAGCGCUGGCCGAUAAAAUCGGCGCCGUCACCUACGUGGAGUGCUCGGCGCUCACGCAAAAGAACCUGAAGGAGGUGUUUGACGCCGCCAUCGCCGUCGGACUGCGCAAUUGCGAGCGCAGGCAGCGGCGGGAGAGGAAGGUCCGCAGCACGGCCGAUAAGAUGAAGAUGCUCUCAAAGUCGUGGUGGAAGAAGUACAUGUGCGUCCAGUAGAACGAGAAUUCUUACGUCUAAAGGACAAACAUAAGACCUUGAGCGUCGGCUGACCAAACCACGCCCCAUAUGUUGACUGCGCACUCAAAUGUGAAAGAAAGUCAGAUCAGCAUAUGAACUGAAAACAUAGACUGUAUAUUUCAACUAUAUCAACGAUAUGUGCUGUACACUGUAAAUCAAAUUGCCAAAAUCACAAUCUAUCGACUUGCAUUCACAAGAUGAAGAUACAAUUUGUUAAAACCACCUUUGAUGCUUUACUAGUUUCACAGUUUGUUCCCUAAUGAGUACCAAAUUGAAGUACUCGGUAGUGUACUGUACGAUAAUGAAAGCCAGUACGUCCGGCACCAUUUUUGUAUUACCAAUCAUCCCCAGCAAGUGAUAGAAAUGUGCGGAUUAUUGAGAAAUUUUCAAAUCAAAUGUAUUGAAACUGGAUUUGAACAGAAUCUUUCACUUGGAGAAUAUCCUCUUGCUGGAAUGUGCUUUAUUUUUUCAGAAAUCUAAUAUUGAACAAGCCUAAAUCCUGAAAAUAAAGCAAGUCGAUACAUUCAUUUGUAUCUAAAAAUCAACAAAAGAACAUACCCUAAUUAUGUGAUAUUGAUUUUAAGGUUAUAAAUCUGUUAAAAGCUGUACAUUCGGAGAAGCUGAUUUUUUUUUUUUUUUUUUUUUUUUUUUUU